AUGCAGUUGCACGACUAUAUGAAGUAUAUAGACAGGGGUUGCUGGAUGGCGCUCAUACCACGAUAUCAGUGGACAGGACGGCCCACUGAUAGGAAACCAUAUACCUGGAAAAGAAAGGCUCUGCUUGUACUGGGAAUCAUUUGUUCGAUCUAUCAGAUUUUUGGAGUGAUAAUCUACUGGUAUCGAAAUGGACGUAAGGCAGAGGAUACGGCCACUUUUGUGACGGAAAUAUCGGAAAUGUGCGGAUCUCUUAUGCUAACAGUUGUGGGAUUCGCGAAUAUUUAUUCACUCAUCAAGAACCGCUCGGAAAUCGAGGAAAUGUUCAAGGAACUCCAGGAGAUAUAUCCGAGAUCCGGGGACAGGCACUAUCAGAGCCAGCACUACUACGAUAUGGCCAUGGUGAUAAUGAAAAUUGAGUUCUGGUUCUACAUGGUCUUCUAUGUGUACUACAAUAGUGCCCCUCUGAUGCUGCUGCUCUGGGAGAAUCUGCAGGAGGAUCCAGAGCUGAGUUUUAAGACGCAGACCAACACUUGGUUUCCCUGGAAGGUCCAUGGAUCUGCGAUUGGCUUUGGACUGGCCAUACUCAGCAUAACCAUGGCCUCGUUUGUGGGCGUGGGAUUUAGUAUAGCCACCCAGAAUAUAGUCUGCAUAUUUGCCUUUCAACUGAAAUUGCACUACGACGGAAUGGCCAGUCAGUUGGUAGCACUCGAUUCUCGUCGGCCCGGGGCAAAUCAGGAGUUGAGGAAACUGAUUGCUUACCAUUCGCGCGUUCUUACGAUCGGCGACCAGUUCAAUGAGAUCCUGAACUUUGUGUUCGGUAGCAGCCUAGUUGGUUCCACAAUCGCCAUUUGCAUGACCAGCGUGGCUGUCCUUCUACUCGACUUGGCCUCCGCCUUCAAGUACAUCAGUGGUCUGAUUGCCUUCGUCCUUUACCACUUUGUCAUCUGCUACAUGGGAACUGCGGUCACUUAUGCAGUUUUCGGUAUAAUUACCUAUUGGUUCCUGACUGGUUGGACCGAAAAGGACACCGUUAAGUUCAUUACAGAAGUGUCAGAAAUGUGCGGCUCACUUAUGUUAAUCAUUGUGGCAUGCACCAAUGUAUACGGCAACACAAAGAACCGUCCCAAUAUUCAGGAGCUUUUCGCUGAACUUCAGGCGAUAUAUCCGAAGCCAAAAGAUAAUCACUUUCGGACCCAGCACUACCAAAAUGUCGCGCUCUUUACCAUGAAGUGUCAGUACAUAUUAUACGUAUUCUUUUAUAUGUACUACAAUGGAGCACCACUUUUACUGCUUCUGUGGGAGUUUCUAAUGGAUAAGCAGAACAUGAGUUAUAGAACGCAAACAAACAUGUGGUUUCCUUGGAAGGUACAUGGUUCACCAAUUGGAUUCGGAGUAGCUAUUCUGGCACAAGCUCUUGACUCUCUUGUGGGCGUUGCCUUUGCUGUAAAAACCCUGAAUAUUAUUACCAUAUCUUUGUUCCAACUAAAACUACACUUUGACGCCUUGGCAAGUCAGCUACUUCAUCUGGAUUCUCGCCAUCCUGGAUCCUAUCGAAAACUGAAGAAUCUAAUAGCCUACCACUGUCGUAUCCUCGAGAUUGGGGAGCUAGUCAAUGAAAUCCUGAACUACAAUUUCCUGAGCAGUCUAAUUGGAUCCACAAUUGCCAUUUGUAUGACGAGUGUUGCCAUCCUGCUACUCGACGUGGCCUCUGCAUUUAAAUACAUCAGUGGCCUGGUAGCAUUCGCUCUCUACCACUUCUUCAUCUGCUACAUGGGAACUACGGUCGCCUAUGCUGUAAGUUGUAAUCCUUAUAAUAACUAG